AUGGUUGUGGUUGAAUAUGCACAUUGUCGAAAAUGGAAUUAUCCAUUUACAAAUACUCAAGAACUAUUUGGAUAUGAUAUUCGUUUACCUGAUGUAUGUAUAUUUACACAUACAUUAGCAUCAUCAAAUCAACUGCAUCUAUUGUCGGCGCCAGAAUUAAAUAGGGGUGGGUAUAAGCUCAAUAACUCGACAACAGCAAUAGCUAGCGACCUGCGGUUUUCGUCAAUCGAAAGAGGAGGAGUUGGGACGCCUUUUUCUCUGAUAAUGUAUAAGACGAAAACCUUUUAAAACUAAUCAUAUUCGAAAAGCAUGCAAA